AUUCCUCCAAUUCUCUUCUGGUUUGGCUGCGGUGGACACGGUCUGCCCACCAGGCACGCUCUGCACCCAUUGGAUUUGGACGUUGAGAUGAUCCGCCGACUUGCUGGAUUCUGACUGCUGAGGCGGUGCAAAUUUGGUAGUCUUGAGUCCCGGAGAUCAUGUUCGAUGGGCUGCGUAGUCGAGGAUGUUUGUCGUCAGGGAGUUGUCGGGACAUGAGGCUGUUGCGAAUAUCUGCAGUCUGGAUGAAAGCAAUUUGCUGAUCCGUCGACAUGAAGUCACCCUACACUCUUAUACUCGAUCAUGCAUCAUCCGUUUCAUUGUCUACAAAUCCGCCAUCCAAAGUCCAGCCUUACAAACACCCGCUACACACCCAUCGCCGCGUGGCCCGACACCGCCGACCUCUCAAAUACCCAAGACUUCCAUCCACGCUCCCAAGCACCCGUUCCACCCGUUCCCAUCUACUUCAACGGCCCAGACCCCCCGCAACUACGAAUCCACGCCGUUCAUUGGCCCCCAAACAUCGGACCAACAAGUAAUCACCGGCGAACAAGCAAACGCACGAAACGCCGGAAGCGCGUGACGAGCCGCAGGAUCGCUGUACACAAAUAGCAUUGUGGGUGCGGGGGGUACCGAGCGUGUUUCUAGACUUUUCUGACCCAGGGUCUUGCGACAAAAAACAAAGAAAACUUUUGGACGGCGAAGUGGCGCUAGGCUUGUACUACUUGUUGGCGGCAAAGACUGGCAUACGUGACAUACUCAUGGUGUAAGAGGGAGCUAAAUUGUACUAGGACACUUGAAUGCGAAUGCGCUGUGCAUCAUGUUACUGUCAUGCAGGUCGGGAGACGGGGCUGUGUGAGGUUUGGGUUACGAUGAUGUCGUGGUAGACUGCUUGGCGGCCCAUGGUAAAUGUUUCUCCGGACAGGAUUAGAU